AUGAGGAAAAUCUAUUCACCACUUCUGGAAGGACUAUUGGCUCUCUACUCGGUUUCGAGUGGAUCCAAGCCACUUACAACAGCUGAAUUGAGAAAGAAAUUGAUGAGCAAGAGAUUCUCUCCUAAUGCACUAGAGAAAGUGAUAAACAAGUUUCAAAGACAGUAUGAUCGUGGAGCUCAAAUUGCUAGGUUCGUCAAGUCUCCUUCUACGAACAGAGCCCUUGAACUCAAACGAACUGUGAGUGACAUAAAAAGCGAGGUUCAUAACCAGCUAGAACACACAUUUAAAACACAAAGGCGUAUGAAGGGCAUAACACAUCGAAUUAACAAGAUGCAGGCUGAAGGGCUUAACAAUGCGAUAAACUCCAACACCAUAGUUGUUGUCCUCAUUGUAACAGUUGCUUUUGCUGCCAUAUUUACUGUCCCAGGUCAGUAUCCUCAGAACACAAAGCAACUCGCUCCUGGAAUGUCUGGGGAAGCCAAUAUCGCUCCCAAUAUCGAGUUCUUGAUAUUUGUAAUCUUUGAUUCUACUGCCCUUUUCAUAUCAUUGGCUGUUGUGAUUCUCCAAACAUCAGUAGUUGUUAUUGAAAGGGAAGGAAGGGAAGCAAAGAAACAAAUGACAGCGAUUAUAAAUAAGUUAACGUGGAUAGCCUUGUACGCAAUAUAA